CCGCCCCACGUUUCUCCAACUUUCUUUAGUGGAGUUCUCGCGCCACUCACUCUCCACUAACCUGACUUGGACAAACCACAGGACUUAACUGCUCCUGAAACAAGGAACCAUGGGUUGGCAGGAGCAAAGAUGGUUCGUCUAUGCGAGUUUUCUCGGACUUGUUGCGACGGUGGAGAGCGUAACGCGGGGAGAGUUUUUUCAUCACGGCACGAGCGCAAGGGACCAGUUACUGGAAGCGGGGAAUGACAAGACGCACCUACUUCCACUGGACAAGCCAGUUUUGUUUUAUGAUGGCAUUUUCGACAGCAUUUUUAUCAACACCAAUGGUUUUGUUGCCACAGCAGAGCCAACAGGGGAGUCGACAUAUCUUGGCAAAAUGCCCCCAACAUUCGGCACGAUUGCAGCUCUGCUCGGAGACCUUGACACAAGUGAUGGUGUGGGGAAGGUUUACUUCCGCCAAGACUCCAGUCCUGAUGUACUGACCAGAGCAGCCCAAUACAUCAACGGAGCCUUCCCUGAGGAUGAUGAAGUCCGGCCCACCAAUGCUGUGGUCGUCACCUGGGUCAAUGUCGCCACCCAUGAACCUCCAAGCAGAGGAGAUGGCAUUGAGAAGAGGAGAAACACCUUCCAGCUGGUUAUUGCAUCCCUGGAAACGGCAUCGUACGCUAUCAUCCUCUAUGCAAGGGAUGGGAUGCCGAUUCUGUCCACGCCUGUACAAGGCAGCAGUGUGGUCAUGCAUGCUGGUUUCAAUAAGGGUUUGGUCCGGGGUUUUGUGUUUUCCAGUCAGGGGCCAUACUAUCGCACCACCACUGAUGAUGAAGCAUCCAUUCGCGCUUUAGCAGAAGACACCAACUCUGGCCUGCGGGGUGUAUGGGUGUAUGAGAUUGGAACUUCUCCCUAUUUUACCAACGUGGCUCCAGGUGAGGUCAAUGACCUGCCCGUCGAAGCUGCUCCACAGGGGCCCUCUGAGGCCGAUCAUGCAAGGAGGACUGUGUAUACUAAUGGACAGCCAGAGCAGGACCGAAAAGGGGGGCAGAUCGAAGUCCACCCAGUUCAGUACCAGCCACUUCAGCCUGGCAACCCAGAAGUCUUAGUGGUGGACGACACGGAUAUAAAUGUAGAUGUGUUCUCAUACGCCCUGGGCACAUGUGCGAACAGUAGAAAUAAGUGUUCCCAGUUUUCUGACUGCAAAGACUACUCGGGUGGAUACUGUUGCAACUGCAGACCUGGCUUCUAUGGCAAUGGGCUAGAAUGUGUGGCAGAGGGAAAGCCACAGAGGAUGAAUGGUAAAGUGCAUGGAAAAGUGCAUGUGGGCAACUCUCCUUCCCCAGUGGAGUUCACCAGCAAUGAUCUCCACUCCUACGUUGUGGUAAAUGACGGCCGUUCUUAUGUGGCCAUCAGUGACAUCCCUAGCACCAUUGGGCCCUCUCUACAGCCCCUGUCGGCCCUUGGUGGAGUCAUUGGGUGGGCAUUUGCUCUGGAGCAGCCUGGCUUUAGGAAUGGCUUCAGUAUCAUAGGGGGGAAGUUUGUACGGCAGGCUGAGGUGACCUUUCUGCCAGGGAAUGAGAAGUUGACCAUCAGGCAGGAGUUCAAAGGCAUCGAUGAGCACGACCACCUGGCAGUGAGCACCACCCUGGAGGGCCGGGUCCCUGAGGUGCCUCGUGGCGCCACCGUGCAGAUCGACCCUUACUCUGAGAUCUACCAGUACGGCAACAACUUGAUCACUUCAUCCUCCACCCGGGACUACGUAGUGAGCUUGCCCGAUGGCUCCACUGAAACCAGGUCCUACCAGUGGCGUCAGACCAUCACCUUCCAGAGCUGCCAGUAUGGAGAGUCUUUGAGAGACAUGAAACCCACUCAGAUGCUCAGCGUGGACCAAGUCUUUGUCUUGUACGAUGCUAAUAACGAACUCAUCCGGUUCGCCAUGAGCAACAAGAUCGGUGAUAUCAAUGGAGGGGAUCCAGAGGAGAACCCGUGUUUCACUGGAAGACACGGCUGUGACACCAACGCUGUGUGUCGGCCAGGACAAGAAACUCAGUUCACUUGCCAGUGUGCGACUGGCUUCAACGGGGAUGGCCGCACAUGCUAUGACAUUGAUGAGUGCAGAGACAAUCCUCAGAUCUGUGGCUCCCACGCUAUCUGCAACAACCAGCCCGGGACCUUCCGCUGUGAAUGUGAAGAUGGUUAUCAGUUUGCCAAUGAUGGGCAGACCUGCAUUGGGGUUGAUCGACCUAGGGACGCCUGUGACGAAGGCACCCACACCUGUGACAUCCCUGAGCGUGCUCAGUGCAGCUACACUGGAGGCUCGUCCUACAUCUGCUCCUGCCUCCCAGGGUUCAUUGGAGAUGGCAAAGUCUGCCAAGACAUAGAUGAGUGCCAGUCUGGCAAGUGCCAUCAAGACGCUGUGUGUUAUAACACCGAAGGAUCAUUUACCUGCCAGUGCAGGCCGGGUUACUAUGGCGACGGCUUCUACUGCUCCCAAGAGAAGACAAAAACACAAUGUGAGACCCACAGAGACAGUCUGCUGGGUUCCACUGAGUUUGGUCCACGGGGCCCCCGACCUUCCGUUGGACAGUACAUCCCUUCCUGCGACGAGAACGGUUCCUAUGAACCCAUGCAGUGCCACGGCAGCACGGGAUACUGCUGGUGUGUGGAGCGAAGCGGGCAGGAGGUCCUCGGGACUCGCUCUGGGCCAGGAAGCAGACCAAUGUGCAUCGACCACAGUGGUGUGCACCCACCUGUUGGACCCACCCCUCGACCUGAUGUCCACCCUCUGCCUCCAGGGACACACCUGUUGUAUGCCCAGAGCGGCAGGAUCGAGCACGUCCCGCUGGAAGGUUAUGAAAUUAAAAAGGACGCUGGCAAGGCUCUCCUCCACCUCCCUGAGAAGGUAAUCAUUGGUGUGGCCUAUGACUGUGUGGAGAAAAUGGUCUACUGGACUGAAAUCACAUCUCCCUCCAUCAGCAAGGCCAGCAUCCAGGCGGGAGAGCCCACUGCGGUCAUUACAUCAGAUCUGGACAGCCCAGAGGGGAUCGCCAUCGACCACUUGAGCCGGACUAUGUUCUGGACAGACUCUGUGAAGGACCACAUCGAGGUGGCCUCUCUGGACGGGUCUCAGCGUCGCGUCAUUAUAGACACUGAUCUGGUCAACCCUCGGGCUAUUGUAACAGACCCUCCCAAUGGAAAUCUGUACUGGGCAGACUGGAACCGCGAAGCCCCAAAGAUCGAAACCUCUCACAUGGAUGGAUCCAACCGAAGGGUUCUGGUUAAAGACGACCUCAGCCUGCCCAACGGCUUGACUUACGACUCUCAGAGCUCGCUGCUUUGUUGGGCAGAUGCAGGCACACACAAACUGGAGUGCACGCAUCCCAGCCACGGUGACCGCAGAAAGGUUAUAGAGGGGCUUCAGUACCCUUUCGGAAUCACGUCUUUUGGGAAGAACAUCUACUACACUGACUGGCGGAGGGAUGCCGUGGUCGCCGUGGACCGCCAUGCUGGCAAGGAGUCUGACAUGUACCAGCCUCAAAAGAAGACGAAGAUAUAUGGGAUCGCCACAGCCUACGCCCAGUGUCCGGCAGGUAAAGACACCAGAGAUCAGUGGUGGAUGACCUAUUCAGAUCAUGCUUAA